UUGCGUACCAUUUGUCCCGGGGGAGGAACUUUACGCAGCAUAAAAAGAUGGGUGAGCGAGUCAUUCCCCCUUCUUCCUUACCCACUACCCCAGCAUUGUGAUCAAAUCCAUUUUGCCGUCCUUGUAUAAACUUCAAUAUGGCCGAUACCUAUACACCAGAAUCCACUUGGACAGAAUCCUUUUGGGCUGCUCCGCUUCUCACUCGGUAUGAAGCCCGUGCACACGCCCGUGCACGGAUGGCAAGCAUGAUCGAAACUCGGGAGAUGACGACCAUCACUGCAACUCGACUGGUAUGGUCUCCCAAAGCUGAGCCGAAAUCGAAAAGACCAGCAGUAGCUAAAAAACGUCCGGUGCCUACUCUUCAUUCUAUCAACAAAGUCCAUCUCGAGAUUGUACCUACCUCUACCCCCAAAAAGAUGACGAUUACCAAGAAUACCUCAACGGACAUUUCAGAAAACACUACAGAGAAUACCCCAGCGACGAGCUCAACGGCACCUAGCGCCGAACCCGAACAAAAACCCGAAACCGAACGAGUAGAUUCAGCAGUCGAAGUCACCGAUAUUCCACUCAAACUCACACCAAAAGUCCCGUCCGUAAAGCAAAUCUCUUUUACAUCUGUCUCGACCGAAACCGAGACCACGGUCAUCUCGGUAUGCACACAAACCGAUAAUGUCCCUACACCUUCCACAUUCAGUUUACCGUCCUGGGCCAUCAUGGCCGUUAUGAUGUUAUUGGUCCUUGCAUUGAGCAGCAAGGCCAUCGAGGCGGUGACCGGGACGGCGGUGUCAAUGCACGUCGCGCUGGCAAUGGAGGCGAUCGGGAGGUGGUGGGGGUGUGCGAUGGCAGUUGGGAAGGAGUGGGGAAGAGGGGUAAUGGAUGAGGUGUGGCGAGUGGGGACGCUGUAUGUAGCGGAUGCGGAGAUUUGGUGGAUGGGGGCAAAGGAGCUGGCAUGUGAAUGGGGGGAGUGGGCAGCAACGGACGGGAGGGAACUAAUCGCUGAGGAGGUUAUAAAGUUGAUAGAACUGGGGUGGAAGUUGAUGGAGGAUAAGGUGUUUAUGUUGUUGGGGGGGACGUGGUUCAUGCUCGCCAUCAUCCUUCGGGAAAUUCCCGAAGGAUGAUGGGGUGGGCAUUAUACCCUAUUAGUGUAUACCCAUGCUGAUGGAAUACCCACCAUGAGCACUCAAAAUAUAUAAAAAAAAAGAAAUUACAAAAGAACAAAAAACUCUUCCUCAGCGAAAAUAUCAUGGUGGAUUCAUAAUUAAAAACACUGAAUAAGUAUAGUUUUUAAAUUCCCCAAAAUACACCACCAUUAAAUCAA